UCAUGGACUAAGUUUGGGGUUAGCCAUGAAUGAUGAGAAAAACAUUCAAAAAACUCCACCCCUCUCUCUCUCUCUCUUGCUCCCAACAAUGGCAGACACAGCCCAAAAGCCUCAUGCAAUCUUCAUACCUUACCCUCUUCAAGGCCAUGUAAUCCCAUCCGUGCACCUAGCCAUCAAGCUAGCAUCGAAAGGUUUCACCAUCACCUUCAUCAACACCCACUCCAUCCACCACCAGACCUCCGAGGCCGAGCCUGGGAAAGGGCCUGACAUCUUCGCUUCGGUACGUGAAUCAGGGCUGGACAUACGUUACACCACCGUGUCUGACGGGCUACCCCUUGGGUUCGAUCGGUCAUUGAACCAUGACCAGUUCAUGGCAGCUUUGCUGCAUGUGUUCUCCGCCCACGUAGAGGAGGUGGUGAGCCAAAUAGUAAAAUCAGGGGACAGGGUUCAUUGCCUGAUUGCUGAUACUUUCUUCGUGUGGCCUUCAAAGAUUGCCAAGAAGUUUGGGUUGCUUUAUAUCUCUUAUUGGACAGAACCAGCUUUGGUGUUUACAUUGUACUAUCACCUGGAUCUUCUUAGGAUGAAUGGUCAUUUUGGUCUUCAAGAUUGUCGUGAAGACUCCAUAGAUUACAUACCGGGAGUUCAAGCAAUUGAACCGAGGGAUUUGAUGUCCUACCUUCAAGAAACUGAUGUAACUACAGUGUGCCACCAAAUAAUUUUCAAUGCAUUUGAAGAUGCUAAGAAUGCAGAUUUUGUUCUAUGUAACACAGUCCAAGAACUUGAACCUGUGACCAUAUCAGCUCUACGUGCCACAGUCCCGUUUUAUGCCAUUGGACCCAUUUUCCCAUCUGGGUUCACCAAGAGCAUUGUGGCUACAAGCCUUUGGUCCGAGUCUGAUUGCACCCAAUGGCUCGAUAAACAGCCUCAUGGCUCGGUUCUGUACGUGUCUUUUGGUAGCUAUGCCCAUGUUAGAAAAACUGACCUGACAGUGAUAGCUAAUGGUCUUCUGCUUAGCAAAGUAAACUUUCUUUGGGUGCUUCGCCCUGACAUUGUGAGCUCUGAUGAUGCUGAUCCGCUGCCCGUUGGAUUCAAGGAGGAGGUUGGUGACCGUGCGAUGAUCAUACCUUGGUGUUGUCAAAUUGCAGUGCUGGCCCACCCAGCGGUAGGAGGGUUCUUGACUCAUUGUGGAUGGAAUUCAAUACUGGAGAGUGCAUGGUGUGGAGUUCCCUUGUUGAGUUAUCCUUUGCUAACUGAUCAAUUCACUAACAGGAAAUUAGUAGUUCAUGACUGGAAGGCUGGGAUUAAUUUGAGCAAUAAAAAUCCCAUCACCAGGGAGGAAGUUUCCGACAAUAUCAACCGUUUGAUGAGUGGAAAAUCAGGGGAUCAAUAUAGGAGUAAGGCCAAGGAGGUGAAAGAAACAUUAGAAAAUGCACUGACACCCAAUGGAUCAUCAGAGAAAAACAUGGACCAGUUCAUCAAGGAACUCAAGGCCAAGGUUCAAAUCAAACCCAUCUCCUCCCAAUAGAUUUUGCAGUGCUCAUUGUUCAAAUACAAACAUGUUGCUGAUGUUCCACAGUUUCAAACCAUGAAACCAGGACUGCUGUAAUUUCUAAUGUAAUGUGUGAGUGUUACUUAGCAUCAUCCAUGAAAUAACAUUAGAUUUGAAGGUUGAAACAAACUUAGGAGCUCCUGCUGCUUUCUUUGGAAAAAUAGAAAUUCAACAGACCUGCUCAGAGAUUCUAAGACAGCAAGAUGUGCACUAAGAAACUUUGGGUUUUUG